CACACGUGUGACAUAAAUGUAAGCAGCUGUUGUGGAACCGGCAUCUGUCCGCUUUAGAUCAUCGUGACAGCCCCGCUGUUAUCGAUAACGGGCCAGGAAAUUCUAGGAAGCUUCCUCGGUCCUCCCCACCACCCAGCGCGAACUUGACAUCGAAUUUAUGCGCCCAAUCGUUGACCAUGGCAGCCGAUGAAGUUCCUGUCGUCGCCGUGCCCGGCAAGAUCAUCGGGCCUGUGACAAAGUAUGCCUCAGGCCCCGGCACACACACGCAUGACGGGAACGUGGUGUCGUCUCUCAUGGGCAAGGUCACCAUCACGCCUCCAGCAAAAGCUCCCGGCCCCGCGAAACGGUUGAACAAGAUCACCGCCGCCGAUCCAGAGGAGCUAGCAACCGUCUCGGUGUCGCGGCACGGGAAGAAGCGCGAGAUUCUGCCAGAUGUCGGCAAUGUGGUGUUGGCGCGGGUGGUGCGCUUGAUGCCCAAGCAAGCCAUUGUGGUGAUCCAGCAGGUCGGCGACACGGUCCUGCAGACGGAAUGGCAGGGCGUGAUACGCGUGCAGGACGUGCGCGCGACGGAGAAGGACAAGGUCAAGAUGUACGAGUCGUUCAAGCCAGGCGACAUUGUCCGGGCAUCAGUGAUAUCGUUGGGUGACCAGGCCAAUUACUACCUCUCGACCGCGUCUAACGAACUCGGGGUCAUCAUGGCGACGAGCGAGUCCGGUAACGACAUGGUUCCUAUCAGCUGGAAGGAGUACAAGGACCCGGAAACGGGUGCCAGCGAGCUACGGAAGGUUGCAAAGCCUACCUGAGAGGGCAGGUCCGGUUCAAGGGCACAACCGCGUGUAGCGUACGAAGGCAUGCUUGAUGCUAUUCUCGACCAAAUUCCGAACAGGGAGGAGGCAGGGUCAUGGCGGGUUGUGCUUGGUGACUGGGCACAGCCGCCGUCCGAACUCUGCGCACGACAACAAGCAGGUAUGUUGUGCAUCCUGCAUCGGGAGUGCCUGGCGAUACGGCACGGCACACCCAUGAAGCUAUCAGCUACGUAUCGAGAUUACGUGCUGGGGGCGCAUGCUGCCCAGGCAAUGAUGUGGGUGCAACGCCUCUUGCUGGGUUCUUCUGGUACGUCAAGGGGGAGGAUGACAGCAUAGGCCCAGUAGCCUUGCAGGGCAAGUCCUCCACUCGUGCCAGUGGAGGGAGCAAUUUUGUUUUUCUUUUCUGUGCAUGAAUAGAUACCCUUUGCGUGCAGUUGAGCACGCUUCACCUGCGACGUGCCUCUUUGUCUGCAUCUGUUGUUGCUGCUGCUGAGACGGGCCAAGGGGUCAAACUCGAUCGUGAAACGGGUCGAUGCACCGCCCGGUCCGCCGCGCCUGGGGGCGUUUGUUGCCCGUGCGCACACGUGUGCCUGAGAAGAC